AUGCCGGCACUGCUGGAGCAGAGUCUGGUGACCAAUCACGCGGACGUGAUGGCCUGGGUGGCCCGCAAGGUGACCAAUCUGCCGUACGAGCGCUGCUUCAGCACUGGCUGUCACCUGGACACGGCCCGCUUCCUCCUGUUCAUCGGCCAGCUGUUGGGGAUCGCGGCCCGCUUCGUCCACGGCUACGUGAUCGGGGAGCACGGCGGCAGCUCGGUGCCUCUGUGGUCGACGGUGAGCGUCGGGGGCGUGCGCCUGCAGGAGAUCCUUCCCGUCAUUGGCAAUGAGAACGACCCCAUGUACUGGUCAGCGGUCCACAAGGAUGUGGUGGAGGCGGCCUUCAGGGUGAUCGCCGUCAAGGGCUACGCCAACUGGGCCAUCGGCCUCACCGUCGCCGACGUCGUCUCGGCGAUAUUCGAGGACAGCCAUCGGGUGCUGACGCUGUCCACCAACGUCCAGGGCUUCUGCGGUGUGAAGGACGAGGUGUUCAUGUCCGUUCCCUGCGUCGUCUCCGCCCACGGGAUCUCGGCGAUUUGCCGGCCGAAGCUAAGCGACUGGGAGAAGAAGCGGUUCUUGAAGUCCGCACAGAUACUGCUGGAGGCCCAAUGCUCCAUCAAAGUGUAA